AUGUCGACCGCAGCAACACAACAGCAACCUCCUACCAUCCCCCCUCGACCCAACAGGGCCCAGGACAACGAUCCAUCUGGUUUCCCCAAAGUUCCUCCUCGUCCUAUCAAGCGCGGCUUGUCGCCCAAUCCAGAUCGAUAUGCGCCUUCGCCCUUACAUGCCGGCAUCCCGUCAAAAACGGGGCGGUCCAAUUCCAACGAUGAUCCCAUCGAACGAUCCAAGAGCGUCGAGAUCCCCAAUGUGGUGGGUGAGGAGGGCAUGGAAUACGCAGCUCUGGCUGAACAGCUCCCGUCUCGACAACCGAGCACCUCGCCCGAGCAGACACGCACCGUCGACGAGAAUCUCAAGAUCCUAGCGCCCAAGGCGACAAUGCCUGCUCUCAGCGCCAAGCAGCGCAUCAUGCAGGUCACGAGGACCGACUCGGACAAGGCGGCUUCCUUUGGCAUUGGCAAGCCGAGCAGCGAACUCCCCUCGUCUUCGACUCGCAGCCUAAAGAAGAAGGCGAGCACGUCCAGCGGCCUCUCACAGAGCGAAGUAGAGGACGAAGAGCAUGGUAUUCCGGAAAUUGGUGUCCAGGUCCCUCUGCUGGCUUUCGCCGGCGACGUCCAGGCACCUUCUCCCGCACCCGGUGCGCACGGGUCCGCUGAGGGGGGCUCCAGCAGCUCUCGGAGCCACAAAAGAAAGAGCAGCUCCCGAGGACUGCCUCCUGGGAGCUAUGGUCUGCACGGCCACAAUGUCGUCCCUCAGGACAAGCUAGAGAAGGAAUAUUAUCAGAAGCAUCCUGAGCUUCUGAAGCUGGAGCAUCACAUUUACCAACAUGACCGUGCCACCGAUUUCUCUAUGAGCAGCGAGGAGCUGAACAAGAUGGUCAGGUCGGCUGAGCUGAAUGGCCAUGGCGUGGGUACGACAGAUCAUGUUGGGACGCCCAGUGAACAGGCCGCCUGGGCAGUCUAUUCGGAAGCAGCCUCACGGCCGCAUUCCACGAAACCCCAGGACGGCUCGCCCCUGAAACAAGACUUGCAGACCGAUGUGAGCCGCGACGUGAUCGUUGUCGAUGAGCCCAACCGCAGGAGAAGUGUUCUGUUUAGCGAUGAGGCUAUUCCUGCACCACCUGAGGAUGAGGUGGCGGACAGCGACUACCGUGCCCCGAUUCUGGCAGAGGACGAGGUCAGAAAGAGCAAGAACCGAUACGACCAGGUGCCAGCUGUCGAGCUUUCUCGUGAGCGUCGGGGAAGCGACUACGAGAUGGAACCACCCCGCAGUCGCCCCACCAGCCGUCCGACCAGUCUGUACAAGACUGAAUCUGCGGAGAUGCGAUCGACUCCGCUGGAAGAUGUGAUCGAGUAUGAGCCUUUGUUCCCAGACGACGAUGAGCACGACCCGAAGAAACAUCUCACAGCUGCCCAGAUCAAGGAGAUGAAGCAGCGCUUCCCGAGCCGUGACAUCUGGGAAGACGCUCCCAACAGUGUGCACUACACCGCCGAGGUCAACACGCCUGAACCGGAAGAGGAUCUCGCAAAAGUGCCCUCCCGCGAACAAACCCAGACACCGGCGCACGUGUUCGCCCGCAAGCAUGAAGAGCUGGCUGAAAAGGAGGCUACUCACCCCGACGCCUUCCUCUGGCGGACCCAGAAGCCCACCUGGGCGGCUCACCAGCCACAACUUGCUCAGGAGGUCACUCGUCCCAACGCCGCGCCUAGAUUUCCCAGUCGCGAUGUCUGGGAGGAUACCCCAGAUAGUCUGCAGCUGGAGACCACCGUCUCAGGCCCACAGAUGGAGCAAUCGUCGCCUAUCGAUAACAAGCCGCAUAAGUCAGGUCCGCCUCAGAGGAAGACUACGGACCCCAAGGACAAGCCCGCGAUUCCGGAGCGGCCCAAGCCGAAGUCCGUGGAUGAUGCGGCAGCCAAGCCAGUGAUUCCAGAUCGCCCCAAGCCUCAGGUCCCAUCCCGGCCUGCCAAAUCUGGCUCGACAUCAGCUGAUGCUCCGGCGCCCAAAGCAAAACCCGCGAUCCCAGCCAGGCCCAUGGGCAAUAAGAUUGCCGCGCUGCAAGCUGGG